AGCGCCGCAGCCAACGCCGCCCAAGUCUUCGGCGGAAGCAAAAAAAAGACGCGCGAGCGCGCGGGGCCUUUGGCAAUGGCGAGCAUCGGGGGGUCCUCCCUGGGGGAGCUCUACUCCAAGUGUGUCCAGCUCGUGAAUGAAAACAAGAUCUCCGCCAAGAAUGCCUUUGAGCUUCCGCUGAUCGAGCACAUGGAUGACAUUGUGGAUUCCUUCAUGGGCGGCAGGAAAGCUGCCAAAGCAAAGGAGAAGGAGAAGCCCAGAAGAUCCAGUGUCACUGCCGAAGAAGCAGAGAUGGAGAAUAGAUUUCACGAGGCGAGCUGCACCAUCGAAGCCUCCGCUCGGAUCUACGCCUGCCGCGUGGAUUGUGUCCACACCGACACCUACCGGGUCCUAGGUGGCCUGAACUCCGCAGACGUGGCCAACGAGGAAGAGGAUGCGCCCGGGGAGGACGGCAAGCCAACGAAGAAGCGCCGGAUUUGCGGCGUGAACACCCUCGAGAGGAAUGAGGCCAACUUGGUGCAGCAGAGCAUUGAGGCGGACGAGCAGAGCGACCCCAUGUUCCGGCGCAUGGCCGCGGCCUUCGACGCGGGGGGCGCCAAGGGUUUGCUGCUCAGCCACCUGCAGCUGGCCGAGGACAUGUCGCUGAUCUUCAACGGCGACGUGACCCUUUGCAAGGCCCAGGGCGUUGCAGAGGCCAUGUUUCAAUCCGCGGCAGCGAAUAGCAUCCCCACCGAGUCCAUGGGACUUGGCGAGCCCAGCGGUGCCACGAGCAAGAUCGAGCAGUCUCGGCUGUGCCCCGAGCUUGACAGCUUCCGGCGCCAGCUUUGGGGCGACAGCGCCUUCACCAUGCCCAAAGCCUUGGAGGAUCUGCUGGGUGUGGCAGUGUCGGGCCCCAGCGCGGAAGCCCUGGCGGCCAUUUCCCAGCCAAUCCCCGCGAACCUGGAGGCGGAGGCCGAGUUGGGGCCUCCGGACAUGCCGGACUUUGCGGACGAGGACAUGGGCAGCACCGGACACGGAGGCAUGGAGGCUUCCAGCGAGUGCGGCGCUCCCUCCUCCACGCAGGAGAAGCCGAGAGCGCUGCCCUUGGUGGACAUGUCGGCCUCGCAAGUCUUGGCCGCGCCGGCCAGCAGCAAGGACGACGUGGUGGCUUUCGACGAGCUCUUCCAGAAGUUCUGCGGGGGCGGCGCCAACCAGUUCGCCUACUUCGACGAGUGCUGGUCCAAGACCCACAAGGCGAAGUCGAGCUUGGCGGACGCCGAGGGGGCUGUUGUGGAGGCCAAGGAGCCCAAAGAGCCCAAGGACCGGAGCUCCAAGCGCCCGCUGUUCGACCUGACGAAUCUGGAGGCGACCAAGCCCAUCGAGACGGAGGCGGUGGCAAAGCACCAGAUGAACGAGAAGGCGUCCCAGUGGCAGCUGCGGAAGGACGUGCCGCCCUACAUGAUCGAUCGCAUCACCAUGCCCAGCUGGCAAACCUGGUCCAAGGUGGAUUUCGCCUGCCUGGGUUUGCGCCCGCACCUGAUGCUGAAGCUGGUGCGCAAGCCCCCGCCGCCCAACGAGGGGCCCCACGGCUUCUCGGACCUCUUCUCCACGGUGGUGGUGGAGAACAACGAGGCCUUCCCAUGGCUGGCGUCCGAAAAGGCCGCUCGCAGGGACGAUGCCGAGGACGAGCUUUUGGGCGAAGAGAACUUCGAGGACGAUGGCAGCGGCUUGCCGGCGCAUUUGGAAGUGGACCCUCAGGAGCUGUUCUUGGGGCCGGACGACAAGGUGCUGCCCGGCGGUGAUGGGGAUGAGCUCGGCGAGGACACGGCCGGUGACUUCAUGGCUGGCCUGGACUUCGAGCUAGCGGAGAAGCCCACCUCCGCGGAGAACGUGGACAUCGGCUACAGCCGCAACUCCAAGUUCGUGGACGUGAAGCUGGUGAAGAAGCAUCUCUGGGGCUGCCUCGAGAAAGAUCUCGGGAAGGCGGAGUCCAAGAUCGCAUCCAGGAGCUUCCAGAGCCUGGUGUCCCGCACGGUGUCCGCCAUGCCAAAGGGCGAGUGCGAGAACUUGAGCGCGGCGGUGUGCUUCAUCUGUGCCUUGCACCUCUGCAACGAGAAGAACCUGGAGCUCCAAGUGGAUCCGGCCAAUCCCUUUGGGGACUUUGCAGUUGUGGCGCCCUAGGCGGCCAACAACCGGAGACCGAAAAGACAAAGGCCAUGAAUGUUAAGGAACCACCUCCAGAGGUGGUUGGUGGACAUGAGCUCAUGAGCCCCCCUUUUUGGUGUUCACGACAGGGUCCCUUGUCAAGAUUCGCACAGUUUGCCACCCUUAACAGGGGUCGGUCGGUACCGCCAGUGUCUGAAUGUGGAGAUGCUGGGGUUGGUAUCUCUGUCGGCAUGUGGCGUGUAAUUAAUUAAAGGGCUUACGAGCAAGGCCUACCUGCAGCAA